AUGACGAAACGAAUAAAAGUGCACGAGGAAGGUAAUGUGGGUAUCAGCUUUGAGGCUGGCAGAUUGCUCACGUGGGGAGAUUCCCUGGUCAAGGCGUGGCCCAAAGGAUUGGAAAAUGAAGCUGAGGAGUUGGAAUGCUUCGGCGACGUCCGACAUGCCCUUUCUAUCAAGCAUGAAAAUAAGAUUUAUGUUCACGUGACAUCCGAAAGUGUCGACACUGAGACUUACGAGUGGCCUUCUUUGCUCGAGGAUAAGAACUACACUCUCUUCCGCUUUACCUGCGACAUCGGCUGCAUUGCCUCGCUCAAGAACGCGGAGUCCAUCCAAGCAGCAGCCGGAGCCGGCGAUUUCAAGGUUAAAUGGAAAGACCUUCAACGGCAAAGAGAAGUGACUCUUGAAGGACACGAUGCGCCUAUCCUGAGCGUUGCCAUUGAUCCUAGAGGCAAGCUAGUAUGUUCAAGCUCCUGCGACGGCUUCCUCAAAAUCUGGGACUUAUCAAAGGCCGAAUGCAUCUUCAACGAAAAGCUAUUCUUCAGAUCCAGCGACAUCGAACACGCCAAGUGCUCGGCCAAGCUCGAGUUUGAGCCAAGAAGCGGAGAACUGCUCGCCGUUCUUGUCGAAAAGGGCGCCAAGAUCUUCAAUCGUUCGGACAACACUCUCCUCCACGACAUUGAAGAGCCAGAAGUUCCGAAAACCCUCGCUUGGUCCAAGUGUGGCAGCGUUUUGGCCAUCGCUCUCAAGACUGUGGUUAAUUUUUAUGACACAAAAAGUUUCUCAAAAAUCCACGAAAUCUGCUCCGAAGAAAACUCUCCAAUUUCCGGCAUUUGCUUCACGGACAAAAGCGUUUUGAUCGCCGAAAAGUCUGGAACGCUUAUUUCAACCCCAACGAGCGAUUUCAUCACAAAAGAAAUGAAAGGAAAGUCUUCUUCGCUGCCCAAACCAGUCGCGAAAAUCGUCUCAGAAGAAUCAGUCGCUAUGUCUGUCGACGAUGAAGAAAGUAGGAACAACCAAUUCCUCGACGAGGAAGCUGGAGAAGCUGGAGAGGAGGAGGAAGUGGACGAUCUUGAAGCGCUCUGGGACGAAGAUGCAAAAUCCGAGACGGAUGAGAAAGCGAAUGAAGAGGGAGCGAUGGAGUUCGACGAGGAUUCCAACAACGCGGUCAGUCUCAACGCUGUUAGGGACAGCGUCCCUAUGGAUAAGCCAAGAGAAUACUCUGAUGGCGAAGACGAUGAUUUAGCUGGAGCGAUCUAUGAAGGCCCGCAGCCCUCGCAGAUGCAAAAAGCAUUCCAGCCAGGCGAGAGUCCAAAUUACAAUGCCAGCAGGUACCUGUGCUGGAAUUCGACGGGAAUCAUCAAAGGAAUGAUCGACGAGCAGCGGGGCAUUUCUACGAUCAUCAUCGAGUUUCAUGACGUGUCCGUUCAUCACUCAGUCCAGCUUGCCAAUCAACACGAUUUUGUUCUCGGCGAUAUGUCGGAACAAGCGAUUAUUCUCGCUUCGAAAGGUGAGCUCGAAGGCGAAGAUAGAAAGAAAUCAAUCGUCAAAGUGAUGAAUUUCAAAUCCUGGUGGGACAAAAACCGAGAAUGGCAAGUCGAGCUUGCUAGAAGAGAAAUCGCAGAGGUAGUCUGUGCUUCUACUGAUUCCGUGGCUGUCGGAACCAGUGCUCGAAACAUCCGGAUGUUCUCGCAUGCAGGUGCUCAAAUCAGGCUGGUUACCGUUCCCGGUCCAAUUGUAACGAUGUCGUCGAAUCUCGAGCAACUAUUUUAUGUUUACCAUCGACAUCAAGGAUUCGAAGGAGAUCAAUACAUGGCAUGUGGAACCAUCGCAAGCAGAAGAAUCGGGAAGAAGCGACGAACAGCAAACAUUCCCAGCGAUGUUGCAAUUUCCCCAGGAGCGAAACUGGCAUGGGUAGGCUUUACCGACGAGGGAACGCCAGCUACAUACGACACGACAGGCAUCGUUCGAAUUGUUGGUUGGGCUGAUCGUCAAUGGUUCCCGAUCGCGAACAUGACUACGAUCAAAAAGAAUUUCAAGACGGUCGACUGGUGGUACAUGAUUUCGAUCAACGAAGGAAACAAAGAGAUCGCAGCCGUACAUUGCGAAAAUGCAACCUAUCCUGAGGUGCAUCCGAGGCCCGAAGUUCACGUGAUGAGGAUAAACAUGCCCCUAGUUAAUCCGAAGACGGACAUUUCUAUCCAAGAAUCUGAAUUGAUGAUAAAUGCAAAUAUCACAGGCACGAUCGACUCUUUGAAAAAACGUGGAUAUGACAACGACGACGAGAUGGAAGAGCUCGUCCAGAAGCAGAUCACGAAGGGCAUUCUAAAGCUAUUGCUCGGAGCGAUUAUUCAGGAUGCCGAUGAUCGCGGCUAUGAGAUUUGCAAAUUGUUGGAGCAUCCGGGGCAGAUUCAGAUGGCCGUGCGACUCGCCAACAAUAAGGGACGAAUAAAACUGGCGGAAAGACUGAACGAUCUGGCGAGAAAACGGGCGGAAGAAGACGAUAGCUCUUCUGAGGAAGAAGAAGAAGAAGAGGAUGAAAACGAGGAUGAAGACGCGGUGGAAGAAAUCGAGGAGGAAGAAGUCGUCGAGCAAGGGAUUCCAGACGAAGGAAUAGCCAACGAAGUCAGCCAAGAUGGUUCUACAAUUUCGAACGUGUCGACCACGCAGGGAAGCACUCAGGAGUCACGAGAAGCUGAAGGAGAUGCAAGAGCUGCGGAAGAGAGACUUGCGAGACAGAAGGCGCGCAAUCCCUUUGCGCAAACGAGCACAGAGGACGAUAAAGAGAAUGACAAAACCACGCUUGACGAACUGCCAAAGUCGGAGGCCCAAAGAUCGAAGCCAAAGACUAUGAAAGACAAACUCGCCAGAUUCAGAAGCAAGCAGAAAGCCUCUGGAGCUGCGGCGAAGUCUUCGAAGAUUCAGUCCAAGAUCGCCUUCGGCAAGCGGAAAGAGCUGUCCACAGAAGAGCCAGCGACAAAAAAGCUCAAGGCCUCGGCAUUAGAAGCCAGCAGUGACAACGCGAGCGGAUCAGCUGUCUCUACCUCGAUGGCGAUGGAUGAUUUCGCCGCUGGGUCUGAUUCUGAUUAA